GGCCUGGCUAAGGGUGGAGCCAUUGACGAUAUGAAAUCACACUCCAAGCUACUCCAUUUUCAAAAAUUGGCAGCCCUUAACUAAGAAAUUAGCAAAUUCGGAUUGUAAAUUGCAUAUAGGUAGGUGGGCGUUCAAUACAUUUAGGGGUUAGAAUAUUAAAGCAAACGCGUAAGUGUUCAUUCGCAGCAGGGUUUUGCGCGAAAGGAAAAAGGAAUGUUAAUUUGUGGACGGGGAUAGGAGUCGUCUUUCUCCGCCAUUUUGUGACAACAAGAAACGGAAAACAUAGCUAGCAAAGAACCGACCACAGAGUUCAGAAUGACGAAUGAGGAACCCCUUCCAAAGAAGGUUCGCCUCAGUGAAUCUGACAUGAAGACCCUGACCCGAGAGGAACUGUGUGUGAGGUGGAAACAACAUGAAGCCUAUGUCCAGGUCCUGGAGGUGAAAUAUGCUGAUCUGAAUUCGAAUGAUGUGACGGGGCUGAAGGAGUCUGAGGAGAAGCUGAAGCAGCAGCAGGAGGCGUCACGCAGGGAGAACAUCCUGGUCAUGCGGCUCGCCACUAAGGAGCAGGAAAUGCAGGAGUGUACAACCCAGAUCCAGUACCUCAAGCAAGUCCAGCAGCCCAGUGCAGCCCAACUGCGGUCUUCCAUGGUAGACCCAGCCAUAAACUUAUUUUUCCUCAAAAUGAAGGGCGAACUGGAACUGACUAAAGACAAACUGGAGCAGGCCCAAAAUGAACUGAGUGCCUGGAAAUUUACACCAGAUAGCCAGACGGGGAAGAAGCUCAUGGCCAAGUGCCGGAUGCUGAUCCAGGAGAACCAGGAGCUGGGGAGGCAGCUGUCCCAAGGACGUAUCGCCCAGCUGGAGGCAGAGCUGGCCCUGCAGAAGAAGUACAGUGAGGAGCUGAAGAGCAGCCAGGAUGAGUUGAACGAUUUCAUCAUCCAGUUGGAUGAGGAGGUGGAGGGCAUGCAGAGCACCAUCCUGGUCCUCCAGCAGCAGCUCAGGGAGACCCGUCUGCAGCUCUCCCAGAACCCAGCUCAGGCUGCCUCUGUUGGGGCAGGGCCCAGCAGGACUUCACCCUCCUGCUCCUCUGCCGAGCCCCCCAGCCAGGCCGAGCAGACCUUCACCCCCUCCGUCCAGCCAGGGAAAGACUGCGAGAGGGUCUCCAACGGACCUAGCAACCGUAGCUCGUCCUCCCAGAGGGGCGCAACGGCCACCCCCAGCCUGUACCGUGAGGUCAGCAGCACAGAGGAAGACUUUCCUCUGUCUCCCAUGGUCUCCAGCCCCGGCGAGGGCGAGACUAAACUCUCCAACCACUCAGAGGCGGCAGGGGGCCUGACUAGUGACGGUGCAGGGGGUUUCGGGAGCCAGCUGAGCGCAGGUUACGAGAGUGUGGACUCCCCUACUGGCAGCGAGACGUCCCUGACGCAGCACUCGAAUGACACAGACUCCAACCCCGACCCGCAUGAGGAAAAGGCUGUUCCAGUCGUCAAGGGCAACAGGACUGCAGGGUUGCGGCACGCUCAGAACGGCCUGGACUCAAACGGGGGCGCAGUUUUGUAAUGUACUUUAUAAUAACACGUAUGUCUUUUUUCUUUUUAUAUGAGACCCAAACAAAAACAAUGAACACAUAGUCGGUAACAGUACUGUUGUCCAAAAUUUGUGUAUUUCCCCCCCCUCUUUCCUUUGCCUAUCGUGAUACCUCGGCCACAACUUAAAGAAAAUAAUUGCAUUGCUAAACCGGAACAUUACGUGAAAUAUAUGUGGUUUUGAAUUUAGUUUUUUGUAUGAUUCAAGAUAAAAUAAUAUCUUCCAUCUCUUGUUUAUUUGAACCCAUAACAUUCUUGUUUGAACUCCAGACAAACUCAAAUUGUCACAUCUGGUGGUGUAUUCAUGUUCAAUAAAAGUCAAACCAGUUCACUUAAGGAGCUUUGCAGCGUUCAAGGAUUUCAUCUUUUAGUUGUUGACCUGUUUUUUUUAAUUUUUUAUUCAGUUUGUAAGAGUCCAUCCUUGGCAAAAUAAUGUUUCAGUUUGACUUGUGUAGUUUCUACACACUGUACCUUGUUGAAUUCAUUAUUCUGACUUCCAUCCUUUUCAUGUACUGACCAAUAUCAAUAAAGACUUAAAUUUGA